GAUGCCCGAGGAACAAGCAUUUUGCGUUCUUGUUCAGAUGAUGCGAAAUUACGGUUUACGAGAUAUUUAUAAGGCCGGCUUCGAGGCUUUACAUACAAAAUUCUAUCAGUUGGAACGUCUCGUACAGGAUAAAUUAUCCGAUUUAUAUAAGCACUUGAAGGAUUUGGGUAUAGAAACCCAUAUGUAUGCCUCGCAAUGGUUCUUAACUCUAUUCUCCGCUAAAUUCCCAUUGCAUAUGGUUUUCUACGUUAUUGAUCUUAUUUUGUGUGACGGUUUAAACAUGGUGUUCAACAUAGCUCUAGCACUACUCAAACAUUCCCGAAAAGAUUUGUUAGCGCUGGAUUUCGAGGGCGUCCUCAAAUAUUUUCGAGUGAAUUUACCUAAGAACUUCCGAGUGGAAAAGAACGCUGAAUCGCUAAUGCAUUUAGCCGUAUCAUCCAAAGUUAGCUCUCGAAAAUUAAGGAAAUACGAAGAAGAGUAUCGAAGAAUGAAAGAAUUCGAAAGACAAACAGAAAACCCGAUAGAUAGAUUAGAACGGGAAGUUCAUCAAUUGAAUACUGAAAUCUUUCGGUUAGAGAAUGAAAAUGAUUUGUUGGCCCAAGAGUUGGUUACAAAUAAGAUCUCCUUAAGACGGGAUUUAGACGACGCGGAAGGUCAUUGCGAAGAUUUGAUGACACAAGUUGAAACCACUACUAAAAAUUUAUUCGAGGCAAGAGAAGAGAAGGAAAGAUUAGCUUCGGAAUUGAAACAAUUGAAAGAAAUGUUUCGCAAGGAAGCGGAAAAGUCAUCAUUGGAGCAAAAAAGGAACGCUGUUAUAAUAACUGAAUAUAAGCAGAUCAUUUCGAACAUGAGUAAGAAGCAAAAUUCGUACGAGGAGGACAUUAAUAAAUUACAGUCUCAAAUUUCCCGUUGCGAAUCCUGUUCAAAAGUUGAAGCUUCCGAAGAGAAUGACGAGAAACCAACAACCGGGACGAGAGAAUUGGAAUUAGAAUUGGCCCAAACUAAACUUGCUUUGGUCGAGUCUGAAUGCCGAACGCAGGAUUUAACGCAUCAAUUGAAUAAUGCACUUGCUGAAUUGGAGGCCACCUCAAAGAAUUCUUGGCUUCAAAAGACGUUGACGUCAAUUAAAGACGUCACCGGACAACGUAAAGAAGAAAAGACUUCUUAA